AUGGCGCAGCCCACGCCCGACGAUGCGAAUGUCGUCACCAUGCCCGACAGCCCAGCCAGCGGGCAUCUUGUUGCGUCGGGCAAGCGGAAGCGCGACAAUGGCGACGGCGACGGCGACGGCAUGGACGUCGACGUAGACAAGGUCCAUGACGAGGGCCGGGACGGCAACCAGGGCGACCGCACAAAAGAGCCGGCCGAGGACACGGCUAAAACUAGGGAGCUUGUCAAGGCCUUCUUUGAGGUUCUGCGAAGUUUCGCCAUCGGCCCCUCCAUCCUCGACCGCCCACUACCGCUGCCAGAGCCGGCUUCUGAAGAUGAACCCCAGGCAAAGCGCCAGAAAUCGGCCGAGCCGCCUAUCAAACAAUCCAUUGCCGACAAGGUGGCAGCCGACGCUUAUUCCUCCCUCGACGCCAUAGCUGCGGACAUCUCUUCCGCCGUCAAAUCAUCACUGUCUGAAAUGGACCCGGCCUCUUCGGAUUCCGGUGCGAGAGCUGUGACCCUUAAAAGGGCUGCGCAAAUCAACGAAUUCUGGGAUAGAGCCUCGGACCUCGCCCGCCGCGAAAAAGCAUACCCGAAAACGCGGCAGGAGCCUGCAAACGGAGAGGCCGAGUCGCAUACUGCGUCGGAGAAGAGCGAAAUGGUUUUAUCGCUCGUCGGCUAUGCGCCUCAAGAAAGGCGCUUGUUUUCCAGUUUACCGCUGUCCAAGGAUGUUGACUUGUCCGACGUUAACCUCCCGCCGGGCGUGUCCAUCACCCGAGUUAUUCCCUCCAACCCCCAGGACCGGACGCAAACUCUCGGCGAGCUGUUUGCUCCGCCGCGUCCUCUCCCGCCUCUCCAGCCGCCAAAGCAACCGAAAACCCAGGCCAAGGGAAACCGUUUGGAUUUCUAUCAUCCCCACCUGACGGACAGCUCCCGGUACCGGGGCAACUCGUACUUCAACACGAAACUGUCUACUGGCUACUAUCUGGACUACAGUCAGGCCGCGCCUUCAUGGCAGACGAAGACGAAGCAACAUGAACGUGCGCAAAGUCUCGCUGGUCGAAAACCCUCACUUUCCGAGUUGGAAAUGUCGGAGAUGGAGACCCUGUUCCGAGGGGCCUUUUCCACAUUUGCACCGUGCAAAGACGAUGCUGCUGCAGUAGUGCCAUCCAGCGUUGCCGGCCGGAUUUGGUGGCAGCGCAGUGGCAAGCAGAGCUUCCAGAGAAUGAUUGAGGUAGAAUAUUAUGGUGACCUCCAAGAUGCAGAACCCGUCGAUGCAACCCAAUCAAUGGAGGUGGACGAAUCAGCAGUGCAAGACGCAAUUGAUAAUUGGGACGAGACUGUCAUUGAUCCUUCCCUGGAAGACAUCAUGGGAUCCAAGCACGACGAGCAGGACAAGGAGGCUGACGAAAUCCUCGAGGAGGUUAGCGAUCUAAUCGAGACUCUGGCUUCUUACCAGCGCAUCCGCAACCUAACGCUGCCCAACUCACAAAACCGCCAGUCCAGCGACCCGGUGAAUGGGGACAUGCUGGCCAAUGCCGGGCCACAGCCUUCGGAAGAAGAACAUGCUACUUACUACAUGCUCAAGGCUCAAUUGGCUCUCAUCAUCAAGACGCUACCGCCGUACGCAGUGGCUAAGCUGAACGGCGACCAGCUAGACGAUCUACUCAUCAGCACCAAGAUCAUGGUCCACACUGACCAAUACAUGGGGACGAUGGAUGAAGACGAGGCGAGCGCGCAAGCCCGAUUGAAAGCACAACAGCAAGCUGCCCAAGCUGCCCAAGCAGCACAGGCCAAUGCUAGACCUCCACCGCAGCGUACGCCCAGCGUCUCUGCCGUACCGUAUCCUAACCAGUACGCGGCGGCAGCGCCACCGAACCAGUAUGGCACGCCGAACCGAGCUGCACCCCCUCCGCCUCCGCAAUAUUACCGCCCUACACCGGCUCCCAACUACCAGCAGCCUCGCAACCUGGGACCGCCAGCUCCCCAUCAGCCAAGGCCACAGCCGAACCAGUAUACCCGUACCAAUGGCUAUCCCAACCAGUACGCUACCCAGCUUGCUAAAGCACAAACCCCAUACGGUCAUCAAAGCUUGCCGCAACAGUACGCGACCCAGCAGAGGCCAAACUAUGGGCAGAUGCCACAGCAAGGCACCCCAAAUGCUCGAUACACCUUUCAGCCAAACUACCAGCAUCAGCCAGCCUCGCCAGCGCCCCCAAACUACGGCCCUUACGCCAAUAGCCCAGCCGCGAUCCCAGCCAGAACCAUGUCCCCUCAGGUGGGAAACCGGCAAACAUUCAGCCCAUCACCUGCCGUGCCACAGAACCAGGGAUACCAGGCCCCAACCCCAACCAUGGCCAGCCAGAUGAACAGGUUUCCGAGCGGCUCGAGCCAGACCGGGACCCACAGCCAGAGCCCCGGCUUGACUGGAUACCAUACCGUCAUCCCUGAGGCUCAGCAACAGCGGAUACUGGACCAGGCCAAGGCUCGUGUGGCGGCCCAGGAGAGAUCGGCCAUGUUUACCGACAGACUGUCGCAAGCUGGCGUCUCGUCAGGCUUCUCAGGCAUGGGGGUUGAUGCCAGUCGGCUCGCGGCCAUCCGGGCGACCGUGGCUAACCAGAACAAACCGCAGACGCCCACCCCUCCGAAACCUGGCGUGAACGGCACAGCAGGAACGGCACACGUACCUUACAAGGUGACUCCCGUGCCCGUGCCUGUGAUUCCUACUUUGCAGCGCAAACCGACU